AUGGCGUGCCACCUGAGAUCUGCGAGCGUGCCUUCAAGCCCUCGCUCCAACGAGACCGAUGUUGAGGAACAGCUACAGAGCCUGAAGGCAGCCAUCUCAGCGCCUUCAGCCACCAUCGAAACCAUGGUGGAUGAUCUGAGCAAGCUCGGGAGCAUCUUCGACUGCAUAGACGCCCUCACAUGCAUGCCCAUCAGCCAGAGGAAGGCAGUGGAGGAGGAGCUCGAGCGCUCCCUCAUCCUGCUCGACCUCUGCAGCACCGUGCAAGAGAGCUUUGUAGAGCUCAAGGCCAGCGUCCAGGAGAUGCAGUUGGCUCUCAAAAGAGGAGACAACGCAGCUCUCCAGACCAAGAUUCAGUGCUACGUGCGCUUAGCCAAGAAGGCGCAGAAGCUGUUCAAGAAGGUCAACAAGAAGACUGCCUCUGACAUCGAAGGAUGCAGGGUGAUCAAGCUGGUUGCUGAAGCGAGAGAGAUUGCCAUGUCGGUCCUUGAAUCGACGUUGCAUCUCCUGUUGAAGCAAAUUGCAAUGCCGAGUUCUAGCAAGUGGUCACUCAUCUCCAUGUCGUUCCAAAAGAAGAGAAUCAUGUGCGAGGCGGAGCAAUUACAAGGGUUGGAGCUGGACAUUGUUGAUCUUGAGAACGGAGUCGGGACUUUGUUCAGGACAUUGAUCCAGAGCAGAGUUUCUCUUCUCAAUACUCUUAGCUUAGCAUGGAUCUUCAAAGUGACUGCUAAGGAGAGCUUUGGAGAACUCAAGAUGAGCAUCAUGGACAUGCAGAUGGCUCUCAAGAGAGGAGACGAUGCAGCUGUGCAAGUCAUGAUCCAGUCCUACAUCCGAUUGGUGAAGAAAGCACAGAAACAAUUCAAGAAGAUCAGCAAGAAGUCCAUUGCAGCCGAUCAGGAAAACUGCAGGGUCAUCAAGCUAUUGUCUGAAGCCAGAGAGGUUGCGGUCUCCAUGCUAGAAACAUCGUCACGUCUCUUGGCGGUGCCGAGUUCUAGCAAGUGGUCUCUUGUCUCAAAGACAUUCCAGAAGAGGAGAGUUGUGAGUGAGGAGCAAUUGCAGGAGUUAGAGUUGUACAUUCUUGAUGAGAGCGGAGUUGCGGCUUUGUUCAGGAAAUUGAUCCAGAGCAGAGACUGA